AUGCCGACCGUUCGUGGCUUUAGCACCGUCAAAGCACGCUCAUACAUCUAUCGCCUGCCUCUGUUUACAAGAGCUAUCAUUCUGAUAAUUUUUGUCUUCUCACUUCUCAGCCUCCCUGGAAUAUGGGAUGUACAGGCAUGGGGGUCUUUGAUUCCUAGCGAAAUAUCUCUCUUCGCAGCUCAUCGCAUCAAUACAUUUCCGCUUAUCCAUCUCAACAUCUUGCACGCGAUCUUGAAUAUUGUUGCGUUGACGCCAUUGAUGGAACGCUUCGAAAACGAAUACGGAACCCUAACAUCGCUGGCACUUUUCUUCGGGCCUUUAACAACGGUCCCGGCAUUGUUAUAUCUUGUCAUUGAGUCAGGCAUUUUGCGACUGAACAACGCUAUCAUGGGCGCAAGCAUAUGGGUCUUUCUACUUCUCGGAAUGGAGGCCAUUCGGACCUAUCGAUCGAAUCCCCACCUUGUAAUCGGCACUCAUCAUAUCCCGACCUGGACGAUUCCACUACUUUUGACCUUUGUGAUAGCAGCGCUGGUCCCAAACUCAAGUCUGCUUGGGCAUCUAUGCGGUCUUGCUGUUGGAUAUAUCGCUGGCCUUGGCUAUGUCAAGUAUAUUGCGCCUCCUGAGUGGGCGCUGCGAUGGCUCGAGUCGAAGCUCGACCUCCUUGCGAUAUUGCCUCAUUUUGUCAGUGUAGACCAGAAGACAUAUGGCAGAUUUGGUGUUUUGCCUUCUAUUAAUCGCAUGGGUGGAAGUCCAGCCACGGAAUUGGUUGGUAGCACACAGCGUCUUGGGCCUUAA